CUUUAGUGAACUUACAAGUGAGCAGUCACCAAAACAAGCAAAAUGAUCGCCAAAUUUGUUGUUAUCCUGUCCAUCGCCGUCGCUGCUGCCAACGCCGGAGUGUUGCCGGUCGCUGCUGCACCUGCUGCGCUUGUGGCUCCAGCAGUGGCGCCCGCGGCAUACGCUGUGGCUCCUUAUGCUAGCUCGUACUCUGCACACUCUGUCAACCACGCUGUUGCUGCUCCAGUUGUCGCCUCUGCUCCAAUAGUAGCCUCUUCUCCUUACGUCGCAGCUGCCUCUCCCUACAUUGUCAACCCUUCUCCAUACUUCGCAUCAGCUAGAUACAUCUCUGCUCCCUACUACGUAUAAGCAAAUUUUGGCGUUAUCAUUGCCCAGUGACUUGCUCAAAAAAAAGCUGUGUUAUUUUAUAUAUGUAGAUAUAUGUAUAUAUU